AUGGCGUCUAUGCUGCUACGGGGCCUGGCGUGCGCCGCUGUCGUCGCCGUGUCCCAUGCCGUCACCAUCACCCCCGAAAACGAAAUCCCGUCGUGGAGCCAGAGGUCGGCCAUGCAGAUGUCGCUGUCGACAACCGUCGGGGCCCUUCCACUCACCUUUAUUGUCAUGCCGUCCACUGAGAGCCUGGGUCUGAAUCAGACCGACAGGGCCCGCGGGGCAAUCCACAUCGAUGGCGCCAUCAUUCCUACUACUUCUUCGAACUACAAUUCGAUCGAUGGGGGCGAGGUGGCUUAUCUAUCCUGCGACACACCCGAUGGCGGGGGCUUCAUCAGCCCGAGUAUGAUGUUGGCCACCCUGAUGGAAAACAGGCCAAAAGCAAUCGUCCUGUACACCACCGUCGGAAACUGGUGCGCGCUGUCAUCAAGCACGGAACUACCCUAUUACUCGAUAUUUACGAUGGCGGACGGUGCAGAUUCCCAGCAGGCCCUGCGCAUUCUGAACAGUACGACAGAGAAUGAACGGAUGAGGGUCAUCAUCACUGGCAAUGCGACAGGAAACACGGGAGAAGGAGGGAACGGCGGAGGCGGUAACAACUCGGCCGUCGCCAUGAGCAUUCUGUACAGCAUUACGGGUUUGAUAACGCUUCUCUUCCUGAUCAUCAUCGCAACAGGCGCCGUGAGGGCUCACCGAUACCCGGAGAGGUAUGGGCCGAGGAGCGGAUUCAAUGGUCGCCCUCGUCAGAGUCGUGCGAAAGGCCUCGCUCGCGCCGUUCUUGACACUUUGCCCAUUGUCAAAUUUGGCGAGCGGCAGGAGGCCAUGAAGCCGGACCCCAACAUGGAAUUGGAGAGCGCAACAAACGUCCCCACGAAUGACAGAAGCGUCGAGAGCCGGGGCGAAGACGCACAGCCGGGCACCGUUCCGGUCAACGUCAAGAACGCGGAGGCGACAACGACGACCACUACAAUGGGUCAUACGGGGGUGGACGAUGCGACAAAAACCACAGCUGGUGCCGUGGCCGCUACUACUACUACUGACGCGGCCGGUUCCAGUAACCCCGAAUCUGGUGGGCAGGAGGACGAGAGUCUUGGUUGCUCCAUCUGCACAGAAGACUUCACUGUUGGCGAAGACGUGCGGGUGUUACCCUGCAACCACAAGUUCCACCCCAACUGCGUUGAUCCGUGGCUGGUUAACGUGUCGGGCACAUGCCCCCUGUGCCGUCUCGAUCUUCGUCCCCAGGGCGAGACUGAAAACACCAGUGGUGAGCUCCCGCCGCCGCUUGAGUUAGACGGGCAUGAGAGCGAUGGGUCGUCUACCUCGCAAAGGCGGAGGACGCGACUGUUCGACCUCAAUAGACUGAGGAACGCAUCACCGGAGGAGCGCAUCCAGGCCCUUCGACAGUACCGCACGCAACACCAAGUUCAAGGCGUACCGGCGGGCUCGGCUGGGGUUGAGCAUGAUGACAGAAACGAUAGAAGUCGUAGAGCCAGAUUAGCCGACAAGCUGCGCGACAAGUUCCGUAUCCGAACGGGACCGCAGUCCUGA